AUGUCAGCGAAUCCAUUUUCUAAAACGAUUCCGUUUCGCCCAGGAAAUCCUAUACACCUUUUAAAUUAUAUGAGUUUGGAUGAUGAAGGUGCAAUUCUGUUAGAUGAAAAAGCGUUGAGAAUUUUGAGAAAAAUUGAAGAACCUAUCGCCGUUAUAACUGUUGUUGGUUCUUAUCGAAGAGGAAAAUCAUACUUUGCAAACACUCUUCUCGGACGCCAUGAUGGAUUUAAACUUGGUUCAUCGGUGAAUGGAUGCACCAAAGGUAUAGAUAUUUGGGAUACUCCAUUCUACCAUGAGGGAAAACAGGGCAUAUCACUGCGUAUUAACAUUAAAAUUAUACACAUUACUAUAUAUGACGAUAAAUUAGGUGUGAUCAUUAUUGAUUGUGAGGGUAUUGAUGAUCCUAAUCAGGAAGUUCCGUGGGCAAACAAACUUUUCAUUUUAUGUUUGGCUAUAUCUUCAACGCUUAUAUAUAAUAUUAAUGGAAUUAUCGGAAGAGAUGAUAUUGAAAAGUUAUUUUUAAUGACUAAAAUUGUAGCUUUGAUUCAACCUCCGAAUGAAUACAAUUUUUUGCCAAACCUUGUUGUUCUUCUUCGAGAUUUUCAAUUAGAUAGUCCACCUGAUUUUGUAGAAUAUUUUCUUGACAGAUUAUCAAAAGUUAAUGAUGAUGCUGCGAAGGACAUUACAAAGUUUUUUAAAAAAUUUCAAGUUUAUGCGGUUCCACAUCCAGGAAUUCGGCAAGAGGCGAUGAGGAACAUGGACACAAUUAAAACCAAUCAGUUGGACCCUAUUUUUGUUACAAAGAUUGAAGAAGUUGUAACAAAUAUUUUUAAAGAUUUGCCUCCAAAAUAUCUUAAUGCUUCAACAAUGUCAGGAGAGACUUUCGCUGAGUUUCUUGAGAAAUGUGUUGCACAAAUAAAUGAUCCAACAAACACUAUGUUGUCGAUUCCAAGUGCGUACGAAGCUACCAUUAAUUAUGCUGCUCAAAAGGCAUAUGAAACUUGUCUUGAGAUUUAUAAUGAAUUGAUGAACAAAAUGAACAUUAACGGGUUUCCGAUUCCUUGGGAUGAGUUUGAUAUUGUUCAUAAUACCUCUUUUGAGCUUGUGCUUAAAACUUUUAUUCAACAAAUUGUUGGAAGUGCUGAUCAAAUUCAGUCUUUUCAAAAAACAUUUUAUGAUAAGAUUACCACUUUAAAAGAUCAAUUUUACAUGAAAAACUCUGCUGCUUUAAGUGAAUAUCAUGAUGAAUGGGCUCAUCAACUUUGGAAAGAGCAUGUCGCUCCUGGAUUGGAAGAUAUGAAUAAAUUUGAGGAAGCAAUUGAAUUGUUUGAACAAAUUUAUGGGACUAUAGUAAUGUCAGGGCAGGAAGCUAUACAAGUACUAAAUGAAUUUAAAGCUAAACAAUACGAAGACGCAAUUAAACUUUUGAAUACUUAUGAUGUUUUGCGUGAAGAAUAUGCAACUGAAAUGCUAGCACGUCAACAAGCUGAACGAAAAUAUUAUGAAAUUUUACAAGAAGAAGAAAAUUUACGAACAGAAAUAACUAAUAUUAAGACCGAAAAUGAAAAAAUUCAGAAUCAACUUGAAGAAAAAGUAAAGACCAUGGAAGAUUGCCUUCGUAAUCAAGAACAACAGAGUCAGCAAAAAUUUAAUCAAUUGAAAAAUGAAAAUGAUCUAAUGCUUAAUAAAGUCAGAGAAGAAAAUCAGUCAAGAAUAAAUAAUUUGCAAGACCAACUCAAUAAUCAAACCCAAAAAAAAUCUGGAUUUUUGGACGUAGUGAAAGAUAUUGCUCUUACUGCUGUACCAUUUAUAUCAGUAUUUAAAGGUUUUUUUAAAUAA